UUAUUUCGUAACCGAUAACACGUAAGGAAUUGAAUUUGUCGGAAGUGAGACUCUUCCUCCGUUCGGAUUGACAUUGAAACAGCAUGGCGACCCUCAGACAGGCAUGCCGACGUUGGCCACUGAGAAAACUCGGUGUGUCAGAGAAAAGUGGUUUGUUUUCCAAUUGUUCGACCGAAAAUGCGUGUGCUGUUUCUGCUUGCGCCUUUACAUCACUCUCCAAACUGCAUCAGACCGGUGACCAACACAGAGUUGUGAAGAGGAGUGAAUUUCUCCAAAGAAAAUCUUUCCACACCUCUUCACUUGACUUUAAAGAGGACUACUACAAAAUCCUAGGAGUCUCCAAAUCUGCAGAUCAAAAGGAAAUCAAGAAGGCAUAUUAUAAGUUGGCAAAGAAAUACCAUCCUGAUGUGAAUAAAGAAAACAAAGAGGCUGCAAAAAAGUUCCAGGAGGUUGCAGAGGCAUAUGAGGUGCUGAGUGAUAAUUCCAAGCGUAGGCAGUACGAUACUUAUGGACAGACUGGUGGGGCCCAGGGAGGGGGCCAAGGAUUUCAGGGGUUUAGCGGAGCCUAUGGGGGUCAAGCUGGUUUCCGAGGCCAACAUGUUGAUCCAGAAGAAUUAUUCAGAAACAUUUUUGGAGAUAAUUUUAAUUUCAAGAACUUUUCUGAAAGUGAUGAGUUUGAAAGCACUCAAUAUGGAUUUGCACAGGCACAGGAGUUUUACCUGGAUCUGACUUUUGAGGAAGCAGCUCGAGGGGUAAACAAAUCGGUGAAGAUGAACGUAAUUGACGAAUGUCCUAAAUGUUACGGCAGGAAAGCAGAACCAGGGUCCUCAGCCGAAACAUGUCCCCAGUGCAAUGGCACAGGGAUGGAAACCAUCAACACAGGACCUUUUGUGAUGAGGUCAACUUGUAGAAAAUGUCACGGCCAGAGAAAAAUCAUUUCCAGGAAAUGUACGGAGUGUAAGGGGAAAGGGAACAUUAUCCUCCCCAAAAAUGUCAACAUCCCAGUACCAGCAGGUGUUGAGCAUGGUCAAACGAUUCGAUUAAAAGUGGGAAAACAAGAAUUAUUUGUCACAUUACAAGUUGCCAAAAGUAAUGUAUUCCGGCGAGAAGGUGCUGACGUUCAUUCAGAGGUCUCCAUUAGUCUUUCACAAGCUGUUUUAGGAGGAACCGUUAGGGUUCCAGGAGUGUAUGAAGAGUUACACCUUAAGAUCCCAGCUGGCACCCAAUCGCAUGACAGAAUACGAGUUGCUGGUAAAGGAAUCACCAGGGUCAACAGUUUCGGCCAUGGCGACCAUUAUGUUCAUUUCAAAAUAAAAAUUCCUAGGACUUUGACAGCAGAUCAAAAGGCAUUAAUUAUGGCCUAUGCUGAGCUGGAUAAAGAGGUCAAUGGGUCAGUGGAAGGCAUAGUGAAAACUAACAAAGGAGCACAGGCAAUUGAUAACCCUCUGGUGAGGAGCAUCCUGGAAGCCCUACAUAAAGAAAAAGGCUCAGAGGAGGAGGACCAAGAUAAGAAAGGCCCCUCACAGACAUUUUCUAGCAAGCAUUCUUCCAAAGGCAAAAAGAGCUCUUCUGUGUCAUAGACCCUUCCAUUCAUUUUACAUGCUCUUUCAUUUUGAAAGGAGAUUACAGCAUUUGUGUGUUGUUAAUUCAGGCUGAAGCCAGGAAUCUUAGCAACCAGUCUACCAGUUAAACGUCAUUUUGGGUGAUGAAGCAGAAAUCUUUUUGGAUAUGGACAUCCCUUAUCAUUUUGCUUAUUUACUGUAAAAAUUCUUGUGCAAGUUUUAAGAAAGCAUUGACAUAUUGAAUUAUACAGAGUUAAGUAAAAAAAAUAAGCUAUGGAAUUCACAGAGGAUAAAAAGAUGCUGUAAUGUUUACAAAUAUACAAAAACAUCAUGGAAUGUACGUGUGUAUAUUUCAAGUGAUAUUUUAGUAGAGCCACAAGAGUGGGUUUUAUAGAAAGUGAGAGAUUUCUUUUUGUAACCAUGAGUUAUUUAUUGAGAACAGUGAAAUUUUAUGACAGACUUGCAUGUAAUGAUGUACAAUGUAACUGUUCAGUUUUUGUGAACUAGUGCUUAAAAUCUUUAUCUGUAAAUAAAUAUACAUGUAUUUAUAAAAUUUAAUCUAAAGGAUUGAUUCAGUUUUUAUAUCAAAAAUAUGUUAAUGUAAAUAUUGUAGAAGCUGAUCACGCUAAUACAUACAUGUACAUGUAAAGUAUUGGCAAAAGUACAUUUACCAAUUUUCCCCAUCAAGUUAAAGGUAAUACAAGUACUAGCAGACAAAAUCUAAGCAUGUAUUUGUACACAGUACUAAGUAAGCAACAACUGUACUUGUUAACAUUUGACCUUUCCCAUGUACAGUAUAUUUUUUUGUGCUUGAUUAGUCUGUGAUAGUAUUAAAUUUCAUAGAUUAACUUAGUGUCAUUUCUCAUCAAGAGCUUUUAUUGUGCGGCAUACUGGUCGUAACAUUUUGCAUCUGAUGAUAAUAAAAGCAGAUGUUGCACAGUUUUUCCAUUAUAUUACAACCAAUAAUAUACAAUCUGAUAUAUAUGUAAUAAUAAAUGUUGGUGGCAAACGUUGGAAAAGAUAGAAUGUAACAUGUGACUUAUGAGUGCUGAAUUGUGACAAUGAUAGUCCUUGAAAGGGAGUGAUAUGCAAUUGAAUCUGUCUUUUAAUGUACAACUGUACAAACAAUGUCCUCUUGAUAUUUGUUGAUUUUGUUAUUUGCAUUAAAAAUUAAGAAAAAUAAA